AUGUUUAUAAAGUGCGGAAAUGUUUGUCCGUUUUCAGAGUGCACUACAAUAGCGUCAGCUUGCUCAAAAAUUUAUCGCCGCAAUUUUCUUAAACCCGAUACAAUAGGUAUUUUACCGGCUACAGGUACAUACAGAUGGUCUCAGAAUCAAUCAUUGAAAGCUAUUAAAUGGUUAAUUUUAAAAGAACGCGAGUACGGUUAUAGAAUUACACAAGCAGCGCGUGGUAAAGAACAACGUUUACCUUCCGGUAUAGUGGUGGAUGGUUACUUUGAAAAUUCUAGAACAGGUAAAAAAACCGUAUUACAAUUUCACGGAUGUUACUGGCAUGGGUGUCCUAAAUGUUAUAAAGUAAACCGUGAUAGAAAACUAAAUAAUAACUACCAAGAAAUAGAUAAUAUGGAUACUCGAUACGAGCGUACCAUUGCUAUAUCCGAAAGAAUUCGAAACUCGGGUUAUAAAUUAAUAGAAGAGUGGGAAUGUGAUUUUGACUUAUACUUAACCAACAAUCCUGAAACACUUAUAGAGUUACAAAAUCAUCCUUUGAUCAAUAUAGAACCCUUAAACCCACGAGAUGCUUUUUUUGGAGGUCGUACGGAAAGCUUUAUAUCAUUAUAUGAUGCAAAAGAAAAUGAAAAAAUUAAGUACGUAGAUGUUUGCUCGCUGUAUCCUUACAUUUGUAAAAUAGGUAAAUUCCCAAUAGGCCACCCUAAAAUAUAUAUAGGUGAGGAAUGUUCUGAAAUUAUAGGUCCUAACAAGGAUUUAUCGAAAUUAGAAGGGUUAGUUAAAUGCACUAUCUUACCACCGCAGAAUUUAUACCACCCAGUACUCCCUUGUAAGUUCCAUAAUAGACUUCUUUUCACUUUAUGUCGUUCUUGUGCUCAAGAAUUAAAGCAAACAAACUGUACCCAUAAAACUAAAGAUAGGUUUUUAAGAGGCACAUGGGUUGUAGAUGAGAUAAGAAAGGCCAUUCAAAAAGGAUAUAAGUUACUUAAAGUAUAUGAAAUAUGGCAUUAUAAAAUAACGCAGUACAAUCCAGAAAUAGGUAUUGGUGGAAUUUUUACAGAUGAUAUUAAUACAUUUUUAAAAAUUAAAACUGAAGCUUCUGGAUAUCCCAAAGACUGUAUUACAGACCAGCAAAAAACACAGUAUAUUGCUGCUUAUGAAAAAGCCGAUGGUAUUAAAUUAGAUAGUGAAAAAGUUGAAUUAAACCCUGGAUUACGUUCUGUAGCGAAGCUCAGCUUAAACUCUCUCUGGGGGAAAUUCGGUCAGCGCGAAAAUUUGAUGCAGACAGAAAUUGUCACGACGCGUGCACGAUUGAUGGAAAUGUUUACAGACAGUCAAAUCGAAAUUUGCGGCUUCUUACCCGUAAAUGAUAAAACAUUGUACAUAAAUUUUAUUCAUAGUAAAGACGCUCUCAAACCGUCACGUACAACGAAUGUUGUCAUAGCAGCUUAUACAACGGCUCAAGCUCGACUUAAACUAUAUAGUUACUUAGAAAAAUUAGGUAAGAGAGCGUUAUAUUGCGAUACUGAUUCAUGUAUUUAUAUUUCUUCAAAAGGUCUGUAUGAACCCCCGACAGGUAAAUUUUUAGGUGAGCUGACCGAUGAGCUAGAGAAAUAUGGUAUAGGUAGUUAUAUUACGUCAUUUGUAACAGGAGGCCCUAAAUUUUACGCUUUUACAAUACUUACACCUGACGGGUCUAUAAAAGAAGUGUGUAAGGUUAAAGGUAUAACUUUAAAUGUUUCAACCAGUCUUAAAAUUAAUUAUAAAACCGUAAAGUCUCUUGUCACAGGUGAAAGAAAAAAACCUAUUAAAAUAAAAUUUGACGCUAUACGAAGAACAUGUUUUCACGCUGUUGUUACAAAGAAAGAAAAGAAAAAACGUACCCACAAUUUAAGAAAAGAAAGUUUGAAAGUAAAUAUAUAA